CUGUUUAAAGCAAACCCAAAAGAAGAACAAAACAAUAGCAAACAAUAGUUCGUCUCUUACCCCAAAAAUCCUAACUUUGAAAGAAAAAAUCUUUACUUUUUCUGUUCUGAGAUCUCAUUCUUUCAUCAAUGGGGUCUUUCACUCGUUCUCUUCUCCUCCCACUUUUCAUUUCUUCUAUUCUCUUGCUGAGCCACUCGGUUAAGUGCGACGACCAUGGAGACAAGGAAGAUCAUCUUCUUCAAAGCAUCAAUGAAUAUCGUGCUUCCUUAAACUUGACAGCUUUAGUGAAGAAUGACAAUGCAGAGUGUCUUGCCGAUGAACUUUCUGAACAGUUCCAGAAUCGACCCUGCACAAACUCAACAGGUGCCAACACCGUGCCAGGAACCGAACCCCAGUUCGCUAACUAUCCAAAUAUCUUGAACAAAUGCCGCUUGAACGUCUCCAACACAAGGGAUGGGGCUGUACUGCCUGCCUGUGUUCCAAACUUGGAUUCGAGUCUCGUCCUCACCAACUUCACACGUUCCCAGUACUCGGAUUAUCUUAACGACACCAAGUUUACUGGCAUUGGAAUCGGUUCUGAAGACAACUGGAUCAUUGUUGUUCUGACGACAAACACAGCUGAGGGAAGCUUCGCACCUGCCCAGACUUCACUCGAUACAGAUAACGAUGAGGAAGAUCUUAUUCUUAGAGGCAUUAACACUCACCGGGCUUCACUAAACUUAACACAGCUGGUAGAGAAUGACAGAGCUGAGUGCUUUGCUGGGGAAUUCGCAGACCGGUUCCAGGAUCAACCCUGCACAAACACCACAGGAUCCAUCCUCGCACCAGUCACUGAGCCUCAGUUCCGCCUCUCUAGUUACCCAAUGCUUUUAGCCAAAUGCAACUUGAUCGUUUCCAACACAACCGACGGCGUUGUAUUGCCUGUUUGCGUUCCUAGAUCAGUCCCGAGCCUCGCCCUCUCUGACCUCAAGCGUUCCCAAUACGGGACUUAUCUCAAUGACACCACGUUCACCGUGGCUGGAAUUGGCUCGGAAGACAACUGGUUUGUUGUUGUUCUAACCUCAAACACUGUGGUAGGAAACCCUGCUGUACCUUCUGGCCAAACACCCGGUGCCACUACUCCCAGCCCACUCAACAGAGGCAGUGCAGUCAACACCAUUGAUUCAACCAGUUUUGCAGCUCCCAAGAUUAGCUUCACUUACUACUCCCUAAUCUUCCUCGUUGCUUCCGCUCUAUUCCUAUAAACACAACCACAUAUACACAUAUACAACGUAUAUAGCUACACCUACACUACGUUACGCAUAUAUAGUUGUGUAUAAUAUAUAGAAGUACACACCCCCUUUUUGUUUGCGUUUUUCAUCAUUUUUAGAUAAAUUAUUAAGAGAAUAAAAGGCCAUGCCGUUAGACAAGCUCGUUGCAACUUCACCAUUGAAGUUGAUCAUCUUGAUGCGACCAUGGCGAUAUCUAUAUACACAAGGGUCUUGUGAUUAGUAAUUUUUUGUAUUUGUUUUACGUUAUGCAAUAAUGAGUUGAGGGUCGUUUUCCCUUAGAUGUUGUUAGUGUAUGUAAAAUAAAAGAAAGAAAUAUAGUGUUGUAUUGCAUGUGCUAUAGAAAAUUAUUUAUAUUGUGAAUAAAAAGCUUUAUAUUUAUUUCUUUA